AAAAUGAUGGGAAAGUACAGACUAGACGCUUAGUUAUCCAACAACCUACCAUGAGGAAUCGUGGAUUACUACGCUUUAUUUUUAUUUUCCUGUUCUAUAUCUUCAUUUGCAAAUCUACAUGCAACAGUUUUGAUGUAUGUUCAACUAACCCAUGCCAUUCAAAUGGAUAUUGCAUUUCUUAUGAAAAUGGAGGAUUUCAUUGUCGAUGUUCACAAGGUUGGACGGGUGAUGAUUGUUCUGUAGAUGUUGAUGAAUGCCAUUUAAGUUCGACAAAUCCAUGUGAACAUAAUGGCGUUUGCAUUAAUUCACCUGGAGGUUAUCAGUGUUUAUGUCCACCUGGAUAUCAUGGAUCAAGAUGUGAGGAUGAAAUUUUAGAAUGCGCAUUAAAUCCCUGUAAACAUGAUGGAACAUGCAUAGAUUUAAUCAAUGGUUUUCAAUGUGUCUGUCCACUUGGUUAUGAAGGUUUAACCUGUGAAGAUGAAAUUAAUGAAUGUUCGUCUUCACCAUGUAAAAAUGGUGCACAAUGUGAAGAUCUAAUCAAUAAUUAUACAUGUCAUUGUUUACCUGGAUGGACUGGUUUACAUUGUGAAAGUCGUAUUAGACCAUGUGCUGCUAAUUCAUCAUUAUGUUUAAAUAAUGCUACAUGCUUAGAUUUAAUGACAACAAAUGAAAACAUUGAAAUGAUUAAUGAGUCAAAUGAUCUUUUUGUAUGUCUUUGUCCUGAAGGUUUUCAUGGCAAGUUAUGUGAGACAAAAAUAAUUAAUAAUUAUUGUACGGAGAUUGUCUGUCAAAAUGGUGGACAAUGCAAUGUAUUAGACAAUGGUAAAGAAUAUUGUACAUGUUUGAAAAAUUAUCACGGAUUAUACUGUGAAGUAAAAGAGAACCAAGAAGAACAAAAUACAAAAUUAUCCCGAAUAGAAAAAGACCAAAUUGAAAUGGAGACAUUUAAUUGUUUCAAAACACCAUGUUUCAAUAAUGGUACUUGUCAUGUACUUGAUGGCAUCAGUGACUCCUCGACCAUAACAAUCACUAAUACAACAGUUAAUAGUAAUAGUAACAGUGGUAGUACAUUUUGCCACUGUAAACCUGGUUUCUCUGGUCAUUACUGUGAAAACAUACAAGACUAUUGUCAACAUUCACCAUGUCAAAAUGGGGGAGUAUGCAUGUUAAAAAACGGUAAUAAUAAUAACAAUACUAUUAAUCAUUUGAAUGUUGUAACAGCUGAAUCGAAUUACACUUGUAUGUGUCAACCUGGAUAUUCAGGAAAACAUUGUGAAAUUAAUAUAUUCGACUGUUUCAACCAACCUUGCGGAUCCUACGGAAUCUGUAAAGAUGAAAUUAAUGGUUAUCAUUGUGAAUGUUUAAAAGGAUGGGAAGGAUUACAUUGUGAUAAAAAAUCAUUGUCAACAAAACUGGGUACAUAUGAAAAAAAUACUGGAUCUAAUUCAAUGUUGAUGUUGAUGAACAGUAAUUCACAAAAAAUUCACUUCAAUCUCAGCAGAUUAUGUCCUAAAAACUAUUAUUGUGCUAACUCAGCUCUUUGCAUUUUCCCUAAUGAUGAUACAUCUUCAUUUAUGUUGAAUAAUUUGAACAUUGCAAGUGAAUAUAAAUGUCUUUGUGAGACAGCAAUUGGUCGAUUCGAAGGUAAUUAUUGUGACAUUGACGUGAAUGAAUGUUUCGAGUCUGAAGAAAAACAGUCAUCAUUAUGUCAAAAUGGUGGACAAUGUAUAAAUACCUAUGGAUCGUAUAUAUGUAGUUGUACAACACAGUAUUAUGGUAAACAUUGCGAAUAUUCAUUUAAUCCAUGUAACUUUGACAAUACCUCAAUCUGUUUCAAUGGAGGGAUAUGUUUACCAUCAUCAGAUGGUAUAGGCACGUUAUGUGUUUGCCCAAAAGGAUUUACUGGACCUCAAUGUAGAGAACAGAUAAAUGAGUGUACUGGUCACCAUUCAUGUAUAAAUGAUGGAAUAUGUUUAGAUUUGGUUGGAAAGUAUCAUUGUUUAUGUCCAAUUGGUACAUAUGGAAUGAAUUGUGAAUUCACUUCUAAACAAAUUUGUACUAAUCAAUCGUGUAGUGAAAAUGUAAACGUAAGAAACUGUACAACAAAUCUUUGUUUAAAUGGAGGCUCGUGUAUAAAUUAUCAUACUACCAACAACGGCAGUGUCCAAAGAGAUAACCAACAUCACAAAUAUCUUCGUGUUCUUGAACAGAACAAUUUUUUGGAAUCACAAUUACCUCAUUGUUCUUGUCCAUUCGGUUAUAUUGGUGAAUAUUGUCAGAUAGAAUUAGAUUUUUGUCAACUUUUUCACCAUAUUAAACACUACUUCUUUAAUUAUUUUAAACAACCUAAAGAAAUUGAAGAUUAUUUUCGCAAAAAUGUAACCAUUUCAAGUUAUCAUAUCAAUGAUUGGUUAAUUUCAUCGUCCUUAUCAUCACUAUAUUAUUCAUGGUAUGAGAUAAACUUAUUAUAUUCUACAUUCGUAAUAAAUUAUACAUAUUCUCGGUUACUGAAUGACACUCAUAUAAGAAAGAUUUUAUCAACAGGAAAUUUAUUCAUAAACGAUUCUCUCGUGAACAGAAAAAGUACUCUAUCUGAUUCAACUUUAUUUAUGAUAGCUUCACCAAUGGGUUUAUGUGAUCCUAUUGGAAGUUCUCAAUGUGUUCCAUUAUUAUCUUCUGUGAGUGAUGGUUUACAAAGUGAUAGUGGUGGGUUUACAUGCAUUUGUCAUGUAGAUUAUGAAGGUAGAUAUUGUGAGAAAUAUGUUGACUUUUGUGAUAAAAUGAAUAAACAAUACAAUGGGAAUUAUUGCUUAAAUGGAGGUUGGUGUGAAAAUCAAAUCAAACAAAUCACACCAAACUAUAAUAGUGAUCAUAAUAAUUAUAACAAUACACAUCGUCAUCGAAUAUUCCCUAUUUGCCACUGUCCAUCAGGUUUUGGUGGAGAAAGAUGUGAAGUUUAUCAUGAAUUAUGCAUUCAUUCACCAUGUCUUCAUGGUGGUAUAUGUCAUCCGACUAAACAACAAGUAUCACAGUUACAACUAAAAGAAAUUAAAUUUAGUUCCACAGUUUCUGGAACUAAUUCUUCAUCUUACUUUAUUCCACCGUACAGAUGUGAAUGCUUAUUUGGUUGGUCUGGAAUACACUGUGAAGUUAGUACUGGAUUAUAUUGUGAUGUAUCGAGAUUAUGUAUGGAUUAUACAAAUUGUAAUGAUUCUUUGACAUUUAAUUGUCCAUGUACAAAACCAGGUUAUUGUGGCUUAAACUGCGACAAAUAUGGUACUGAAUGCUUUGUGUUCACAAACGAAAGUAGUAGUAUAGCUAAUGAAAUUACAACUGAUCUGCCCAUUGCUACCACUGUCUUUACUACUACCACUACUAUCAGUAGUACGAAUAUAGUUACCUCGAAUAGUAUCAAGAAACGUAAAACAAUGAGUAGUGUUACAUUAUGGCCAGGUGAAGAGACUGAAUUAUCUUAUUGUGUACGUGAAAACUGCCAAUUAAAAAAACAUAAUGGUCGGUGUGAUCGUGAAUGUGAUCUGAUUGCUUGUGAUUUUGAUCAUGGAGAUUGUUUAUAUGCGUUGUCUGUACCAUUGGAUCCUCUAUCAUAUAUUGAACCCCUCGAAAGUAAUGAUAUUAGUAAUCAUGGUGAUAAUAAUACAACCCAUUACGUGAGUUUUGUACAAGAUAUCCAACAACAUCCAGAACCAGCCAUACCAUGGCGAAGUUGUUCAGUGUUAAUUGAACAUACUGAACAUACACCAUGUCAUUUAUUAUUUGGUGAUGGAAAUUGCGAUCCUCAAUGUUUCAGAGAAGAAUGUUUAUUUGAUGGCUGGGAUUGUAUACAAACAAAAUUUGACGUUAAUUUGAUGAAAGAAAACUGCUCCGAAUCAUCAUGUCAAGAUUAUUAUAUUACUAAAACAAUGGAAUGUAACCAAAAUGAUGGGGAUAAUUGUACAUUAAAUGAUGAUCUCAAAAAUAUCACAUUUUCCAUGAAUUUACCUAUCAUAUAUGACAAUAAUAAUAAUAUUACGAAUAUGUCAUCUAGUAGUAGACAUUACACCAAUCAUAUUGUACCAGGAAGCUUAGUUCUAUUGAUUAAUUCUACUCCAGAAGAAUUGAUAACAAUACAUUCUGAGAAAUUAUCACUACUGACUUUAUUAAACACAAUUUUACAUUUAGAAGUAGAAAUUGAACAUCAUCCAAAGACUGGUAACUUAAUGAUCUAUCCAGUAGUGUAUAUUACUAAUUAUACAGAUGACAAUUAUGAAAAUUCGUUAUUUAGAACAAUACAACUGAAAAAUAGUAACUUAUUAACAUCUAAACAAGUGAAUACAAAGUCAGGUGGGAUUCGUUCACGAUAUUCACGUCAUGUGAAUAUGAAAUCAUCAUUGUCGGAUAAACAAUUAAUGUUUGAUCAAAAUGAACAAAAAAAGAGAAUUUAUCAGAAAGAAAGUAUGGGAAGUCAAGUUUAUUUACAGUUGAAUUCGAAAAAAUGCGAUGAAACCGGUGGACCUUGUUUUCAUAAUGUGGAUUUUGCAGCACAAUUUCUUACAGCCUAUAUGCACACUCGUAAUCAUAAUUUAUUACAAACUAUUCUUACUGUACAAUCAAUUCGACCUGAUACAUCAUCAACAUCGUUAUUUGAAGAGGAAAAACGAAUUCGUUACAAAAUUAUGGAUAUAUCAAUAUAUAUCACAUCAUUAUUAAUUUGUAUAUUAUUUUUAAUAUUUUUAUUCGGUGUAUUAUUUACUGUGAAUCAUUUUCAACGUCAACGUGCCAAUUAUCAUUUACGUUCAACUGGAUCAUUUCAUGCUAGUGGACGUUUAGGACAAAAAAUGAUUAAAAAAGUUCUUAAAGCAAAAAUUUGGUAUCCAAGUCCUGGCCUAGUCCGUAAUUCACGAAUAGUUAACAAUUCACCCAAUAAUUAUAACAAACCUUCAAAAUUCACUGAUGAUCCUACUAAGUAUUUAUCAUUAAAGCUACCAACGCUGGAACAACAGUCAAUAACUACAACAACAACUACUACUUCAUAUGACGAACAAACAAAUGAUUUAAACAUUAAAAAUAAAUCUGUUAGUGAAUUAGAGAAAUGUUUAGAUAUGCUACAAGGUAGAGCUUAUGAUACUACAUUGUCUUGUGCAAUGACAAUUGAUAAUAAAAAUUCCGCUUCACUAACACCAUCUUCACCCAGUUCACACAAUCAUUAUGACGUUAAUAAAACAUUUUCCGAUUUCGGUGAUAUGAAUACUAAAUUUACACAUAAUCAUAUUCCUUCGGCUCUAAUUAAAUAUACUACUACACAUACAUUUACAAUGCCAGUUUCAUGUAUUUCACAAAAUUAUCUCUGUAAUUCAUCAUCACUAUCCUCAACAGAACACCAACAAAAUCAACGACAGCAUUAUUCAUUUAUCCCGAUGUUAGAAUCCACUGAAUACGAUCAUUGUGGCAGUCCAAGUAAUAGUACAAUGACAACUGCUAUAAAUAUGAAUAGAACAAAUAACUUCAAUGAUUUCGGCUGUCAACAAAGUGAAAAUACUGAUAGUUUUAAUGAUAACAGUAAUAAUUUCCAAACUAUGCAAGAAUUAUGUCAAUUUUUAAGUUCCAUUACACAAUCAGAACUGAAUAGUUUUCAGAAAAUCCUACAAAAGACCAUACUUGAUUACUAUGGUUCAAGGGAACUAUUAGAGAUGAAUAGUUAUGAGCGAUAUCAACAGAAGCAACAACAACGGCUAUGUACGACAUUUUCCGGAUUACCAAAUUCAGCUUUAAACUCCGAAAUUAAUAAUUCUGAUUUUAAUAUAGUCUGUCAUCUUCUUACUCAAAAUGAUGAAUCAAACACGAUGCGAACGAUGCUGCAUAAUUCUGUGGACUCAAUGAUUUCUUGGCAAAUGAUAUACAAUUCUACCCAUUUGCAUCGUCUACUGAAUCUUCGGAUUCCAGACACCGGUGAAACAUUGCUUCAUAUAUCUGCAAGAUUUAAUCAAGAUAAAGCUAUCUACAAUCUUCUAAACGCUGGAGCGGAUUUUUCUACUGUUGAUAAUCAAGGUCGUACAGCACUUUACACUGCAGUUAGUGUAAGUGCUAUUGAAUCAGUUCAAGCAAUUCUCAAUCAUCCAACAUCGGGUUUAAGUCCAUUCUGUUAUUUACCAAAUACAUCACAAGAUUCUACAACACCACUUAUACAAGCAAUUAAAUUAGGAGAUACUGACAUAUUCAAUAUGCUAUUACAUGCAAUGAAUGUAUUAGUUUGUGCAUUGACAAAGACUAAUAUUUCACGUGGUCAAGAAUAUACAAGUUAUGAUAUAGUUGGAACAUCAACGGAUUUACUUCAUAUUCAAUCUACAUCAUCAUCAUUAUCAACUGGAGCAGUAGCAUCAUCAUCUCCACCAACAGUGAUCACUACACCAACAGUCAGCGGUGGCGUAGAACUUAACUACGAAGAGAAUACUCUAAAUUUUCUUGAUAUUAACACUUCAGAUAGUUUAGGACGUACAGCGUUACAUUGGGCAGCUGUAACAGAUCAAUCGGAUAUCAUCCAUAGUUUGUGUAAUUCUGGUGCAACUGUAGACGCACAAACAUUACAUGAAGAAACUCCAUUAGCAUUGGCAUGUAGAGAAGGUGCUAUGAAAAGUUGUCGUUUAUUGUUGCUAACUGGAGCUAAUUUAAAUUUAGCCGAUUAUUUAGACCGUACACCGAGAGAUUUAGCUUAUUUAGGUGGACAUUAUGAGAUUGUUAAUUUAUUAGAUGAAUAUACCGCCAAUUCUAACACUGAAUAUUGUACAAGUGGAAAUCUAAACAAAUUAACUAAAAAGCAUGAUUUAUUCACUUCGAAAACAUUGACAACAGAAGCAACAGACAUAAAUACAUUAUCUACACUGCCAAGAAUAACAUCAGUGGAGCAAUCUUAUUGUUCAUAUUUUCCAACUUCCAAAUUAUAUAACAACAGUCAGCAUCAAUUGACCUAUUAUGAUACAGAGUCUAUUACUCAUAAACUAUCAACUGGGAAUCCAGCAUCCCAGCAUUAUUCAACGAUGAAAUCAGCUGUGAAAAACAUGACUGAGAAAAAGUGUCCAAAGAAUCGAAGUAUCCAUUGCAUUAUGACAACAACUGUUAGUACUAUUGGAGUUGCUACAACGACAACAGCACCAACAUUUAUCGAGACAUAUGGGUUGACAACAACAGUAGCUACAUCAUCGUCACUAGUGUUUAACAAUAAAUAUGACUCGUUGUCGGCAUCACAAUACUCAGUGGUGAGUGAAUCAACUACAAAACUCAUUACUACUGAUGAUACCACUACUACUAACAAUAAUAAUGGUAAUAAUAACAAUAGUAAGCGUACACCUCCAUUUCUUGCUCUGAUGAAUACUAAUACUAAUAAUAAUGACUAUAUUGAUAACACAGUAUUAAAUUCUAUUAAAGCUCAUCAAACAUUAAAUAAGCCAGACAAUUUUGAAUCAUUUACUAAUAACACAAACAAUAAUAAUAGUAGUAAUGAUGUUCAAGUUGAAAUAUUCAAGGAUUCAUUAUUGAAAAUUGAUUAUAAUUUUAAUAAUAACAAUAAUAAUAAUACACAUACUAAUCAUAUUAUAACCAAUUCAAAUAUAAUGGGUUCCGAUGAAAGUGAAUCACCAAAUCAUUGGUCAUCAAGUUCAUCUGAUUUAUCACCAAAUCGGACAAAUAUUAAUAAUAUUAUUUUACAGAAAUUCGAUGAACAACCAUCAAUAAUUCGUGGAAUUCAUCAUCAAUUAAAUACAUCAAAUUUAUCAUCCAUUAUGUUAUCUAAAUGGAAAUCAUGUAUAAAUGUAAAUGAUUAUCCUCAUUAUAACAGAGUUAUUACAAAUUGUAAUUCCACAAAUCCUAAUAUUAUUAAUACUACUUAUAAUAAACAGUCAUUUCUUACCAAUUAUAAUAAUCAGUACCAUUUCAAUGAUUACAAUAAUAGUCAUCACCAACAACAGUAUCAACGUCAAUAUAAUUCAACAGAUAGACAGUAAUAAUCUUUGACUUAAAUCAUAAGUAAAUCCUUUAAUUAUCAUUUUAUUAUGAACAUCUAUAAUGUUCAUUUGUAAACUAAUCAUAAGUUAAAAUAAGAAGAAGAAGAAUUGAUGCUUGUGUAGAAUGUAACGAAAUUCUUUCUCUUGGAAACUUGAUUGAAAUGAAACCUAUGAUAGAUGGAAGAAUUAGUCAAUGUUGAUUUAUCAAAUAACUUCACUAUGUGCAUGUUUGUGUGUAUUUAUGUGUAGAUGAUGACUUAUCAUUAUGUUGUGGUGGUUUAACAUGUUCUGUAUGUCGUACAGAAUAAAACAAAAUAUCCCCACAUAGAAUCCACAUCAAAACAUUCCUUUUGGAAGAGAUCAAUCGUAUUAUUUAAGUCAUCAUUCCCAGCAUAGAACUGUUAAUAAGGUUUAAGAUAAUAAUUUAUCACAAAUCAAUAACUACCUAUAUGUACAUAUUAUGUUUAUAAUGAUGAAAGCAGUUGAGAGGAGCAAAAAAUUAGACCACCUUGAUAGCGAAUGGACAAACUGCAUUUCUAUUUCUCUCCUCUAAUUCAUUCAUUCAGUAUCGCUUCCACAUUUUCGUUUUUAUUAUAAAUCCAAAUACCUUUCUCUAUUGUGAUCACAAACCAGCAUAAAACUUUCAUUUAUAUAUAUAUAUAUAUAUAUAUAUAUAUAUAUAUAUAUAUAUAUAUAUAUAUAUAUAUAUAUAUAUAUAUAUAAUAGCUUACAGGUAUUCAUUAUUUUUGCUUUCUGACUUCCUCAGUAUUUCUAAUGCUUGUAAAUAAAUCUUCUAAACA